AAGAAAAUGUAGGCUGGGUGGCCUACGUGGUUGGAAAAGAAGACUUGAAACCGGUGUUGUGGAGUCUGACCCGCCUGGGUGCAAAUGGCGUCCGCCUAGCAUGUGUUGUGUACUACUGGUCCGCACUUGUAUAUACAAAGUGUACAUAAAUUAGCUUGUUAAGAUGAGCUCCGGAGGCAGAGGCAGCCGGGGCAACAAAGGUUCGCGGAUAAGUGGCGGUGAGCGCAGCAGUGACAGCAACACCGCCACACAGAAGCAGCAACAACAGCAGACGACACCUUUGCAGCCACAGAAAAUGGACAGCCAGACAUCAGACAAAAGCAAGGGAGGGGAUGCAGUACCACACAAGAUUGCCCCCACUGCUGAGCAGCUGCGCAUUGCCCAGAUGAUUGACAAUUCACGUACUGAGCCAGAGAAACUGCUCCAGGAGAAGAUCAAUCAGGUGAUGCAGUUCACCAGUGUAACCUCUGAUGAUGCGAUGGUUGCUCUACACGACUGUGAUAAUGAUGUGAAUGCUGCUAUUGACCUGCUGCUGGAGGGGGAUGAUCAGGGCAAAUGGCAAGAGUCUACGAAGAAGAAGAAGAAACCGGUGACUGGCAAGACCACUGAAACUGAGAGUAACAAGGAGAACCGACGAGUCAAUUCUCGGGAGCGCAGUGGGUCACGGCCCAGGGGUGGUGGCCCACCCAGGUUCAGAGGGCGAGGUGGUGGCAGCGGUCGAGGUGGUCGAGAAAGUGAAAACUUUGAAGGUCCUGGCCGUGGCGACAGCACACGGCGUGGCAGGCUGACCAAUGGGACAGCAGCAACUAGGGGUAGAGGAGGACGGGGCCGGGGCUCAUCCAUGGGCCCACGAACAUUCCAGAACAGGCAGGCUCCCAGCUUCCCUGAAUCCAUUGACACCUGGGGCCCUCCCAGUGAUGACAAGACCACCCAAAACAGUCUCAAGAUAGACAACUGGGAUGAUGAACCCACAGCAGCCUCGGAUGACUGGGAUGGUGAGUGGACUGGCUCACUUGAGCAGACAACGGUGUUUGGCCCAUCAAGCAGUGCAAGUGCUGCUGUUCUGACUCCAUCUCUGUCUGAGACUCUGGUUGAGACCAUCUCUGUGGGGGCUACCUCAGCCAGCUCCACAGUGUCUCUGGCUCCAACGCAGGCCUUUGUCUCCUCACCACCACAGGCCUUUCCUCCGGCGACAGCACCAGCCUUUUCUUCGCCGCCUUCCUCUUCCACCGUGGUGUCUACCUUUGCCUCCACUGCAGCACCAACAUUUUCUUCAGCCACGGCGUCCACUGCCUCCAUCACUCAGCCCCAGACUAUGGACUUGGCUGCCUUUUUACAGAAGGCAGCUCCUCAGUCUACCUUGAGUGGCCUGGUGUCCUCCACUCCUCUAGGGAGCAACAAUAGUGCAAACAAUGGUGGUGGUGGAGGCAGCAGGGGAGGGGGAGGAGCUUCUCUGGUGUCUCCAGCCCCUGGCCUAAGUGUUGGUGGGCAGCACAGUAUCCUCAGUGGCCUCAGCACCAAUGUCGGUGAAAGUCUAAAGGCUGGCACUCUUGUGGGAUCUGUAGGGGUAUCAGCCACAGCACCACUGCCAUCAUCCUCUGCACCAACUCCAUAUUCAGCUUCUACAGUGCAGCUGCCUCCAACCAUCUUCUCCAGCUCAGGUCUGCAUAGUGUGGUAACGAGUAGCCUGGCAAGCAGUAUUAGCAACAGCAGCAGUGUGUUGAACAAAGGGGUCACCAUACCUACAGUGACUUCUUGCCUUCCGUCGCGGCCAAAGACGCAGAGACCUCGGAUACCCCAGGCGUCCAAGGUGAUACCAUUGUCUGCUGUUGAGAUGCCAGAGGAUGCUAUGGCUGCACUUGAUGUGCAGUUCAGUGGCUUGGAGUUUGGGACUGAGACUCUGGACUUCACUGCUGAGGUGAAGACCAGCUCAAGUGCAACUGGUCUUGUCAGUACCACUCCUGUUAAUGCCUGUGACCCAACCUCUUCCACACCCCCGGCCACCAAAGAUCUCACCUCUGCAUCACUAUCAUCUUCGCUACCACAGACACAAAAGCUUGGACCUGAGCCCAUUCCAUUCCCUGCCUCUCAAACAAGUGAACGCAAGCCCUCUGGGGGUGCCUUCGUAUCUGGAACUCAACGAGGUAGUGGUGCCAGCAAUACUGCUACCCCCCAGGGCUUGCCAGACCUGGCCAAGAAUGAGACUGGUGGUAACACAGGUGGCUUAGGAAGCUUGGUGGGGUCUACUGGCCCAUCUUACCAGUCCUACACCAGCUCCAAGUCCUCCUCCUCCUUCCCAUCCCCACCCUCUGCUCCCUACUCACAGACACCCUCACAGGUGUUGCAGAAUUCCUACACUAGCAGCAAUCAACAAGGAAGCAGUGGGACCAACAGCAGCAAUGCCAGUGGCUUUAACAGUAGCAACAGUGGCACAGGAGGAUCUAACAGUAAUAGCAGUUCCAGCACCAAUCAAACAGCAGGAGGCUAUGGAUCAAGCUUCUCUGCACAGGCUACAGGUGCAGGCAACAGCAGUAGUCAAUACCAGAACAGCUAUGUUAAUGCCUCUAGUCACUCUCCCCUUGUGUCCAUCUCCACACCCAAACCUUUGGCUGGUCUCUCAACAACUCCUACAGUCAAGGACACCACACAGAGUUAUGGAGAGCAGACAUCAACUGGAGGAUCAGCGUACUCAAGCACCUUAUCUACCAGUGCACCUGUCAGCAGCAGCACUACGAGUAACAGCACGGGUCCUUCAGCAGCCCUCUCAGCAUCCCUUAAUUCAAGCUCAACUCAUGCAGUUCAGCCAUCAAAACCAUCUGUCCCAGGUAAAGUUAUCAGUGGCCUGAGUGGAGCAGUACCUCCUGGUGUGCACCAUCAGCCACCCCACAUGCAUCAACACCAGCAGGCACAGCAACACCAGGCCCAGCAGACACAGCAGCAUCAGCAACAGCAACAACAACAACAACAACAACAACAACAACAACAGCAACAGCAACAACAGCAGCAGCAACAACAGCAGCAGCAGCAGCAACAGCAGCAACAGGCUCAGCAGAUGAUGGCCCAGCACUCCCAAUAUGUGUCCCCACCAGCUGCAGCUCUCCAAGGAGCCCUCCCACCUGCAUUCUAUACAGGCUUGCAGCAGCCCAUGUAUUCCCUUGAGGAUUUCCAGCUCCUUCAGCAGCGAAUGCCUCACAUGCAGGCCCCUACAAGCCUAGCAGCUGGUCGAGAUGGAAGUAUGACUUCAGCAGCAUAUUCAGUGGCUGAUGCCAAAUUCCGGACAGACCAGAAUUCCUCACCAGUUCCCUCCACCAUGAAUCAGCAAGGUGCUCAGGCAGGUGGGACUUACAUCACCGCCACAGGCAAUGCAGCAAUGCCUCCUUUCUAUAUGUAUCACAACAUGGCAGCCGUCCCCAGCACAUUCCCGCAGUAUGGGGCACCCACUGCCAUUAUCCAGAUUCCUCCUGUCACCAACACCCACACGGGCACCAAUACUAAUCAGUUUCCAACAGCCCCAAAACUCCAGUAUGGCACUGGGAACUACUAUGAUAACUUGACACAGACUCAGGACUUCAAGACUGGCUAUGGAUCAGCAACUCAAAGCCAGAACAAGGGUGCUGGGGCAACCACUGGCUCGGCCACCAAUUCUGGCACAGACCUUGGAGGAUACAAGAACCACCUCAGCAAAAUGGGGCGGGUGAGCACUGACAGGUCCUAUGAUAAACAAGGAUUCCACACUGGGACUCCCCCACCAUUCAACCUUGCCAGCUCCGGAACAAAUCCCAUGCAAAAUGCAUACACCCCAAUGUUCAUCCCCACCAUGCCUGCAGCACAGCAUCACUCACCUCUCAUGCAUCAUCAGCUCCAUCAGGAUGGUGGUAGUUCCGGAGGCCAACGUGCAGGGAGCACUGGAGGACAGAACAAGGGUGGCUCCAAACCCUCUUAUGGGGGCUCCUACUGGGGCACCAACUGAGAGGAGAUAGAAGGCUACCCUGCCUCUCCUACCUGAGGCUCACCCUGCCUUAGGUCCGCAGUGAAACAUUGACAAGGGUGACCCACUGCAAUCCACAUCAUGGUGAGUCUGUUGUUGUUUGGCCAGCCUCUAAUCUCAUCUACGAUAAAGGUGCCUCAGCAUCCGGAGCAUCAAUUUGUCAAUUAGAUGUGAAAAUGCGCUCACAGAAGUCUUUGAUUUAAAAAGUGUUUGCUUGGAUGUACAAGGGUCGAAUUGUAGGUGUUUUCAUUAGUGCAAAAUACUAAUUUAUAGGAUUUGCUUUUCUUAUCACAAGUUUAGAAAUUAAAAAUGUGUGAGGGAAGCAGGUCCUAACCCUUAGAGGUUAUACUUUAUGUGAAGUCGUCCAAAGUGAUGUAAAAGGAGAUAAGAUAUUUAGCAUUUGUGGCAAUGGUGUAUUCAGUCUUGCUCUUCUCACUUGUAAAUAACAGAUGCCACUGAAUAAACCAUGGGCGCAGGUCCACACUGGCAUGGUGCAUUUCUCUUGCAACCUCUCACUCCCACUCCUUUUUAUAUUUAAAUAAAUUUUACAAAUUGUAUGUUGGGUGAUAGGAUUUGGCAAAAGCUAUAGUGAUUGUACACCACUAGAACAGACUUCAUGUAGGCUACAAAUGUAAGACUAUUCUAUUCUGGAGUUGGUGUUAACAAAUUAAUGGAAACUCACAGAAGUUGAAGGUCUGUUAUAUAAUUUAAGACCACAACUCCUUUGAAUUUGCCUGUCUAAGGUCACCUCAGAAUAGGAUGAUUAUAUGUUCAACUCACUUUUUUUAAAUUUUUUUUUAUUUUAUUUUUUCUCUAACAUUUGUAUCUCUCUAGGUACGACAUAAAUCCAUUCCUGUUAAAGGAAUGCUGUAUCUAUGAUAUGGAAAGUAAGCCUCUUGUUUUGUAAGCUUUUUGUGUAGUGAGAUAUUUCAGUUCCACCAUUAAAAAUAUCUUGAAUCUA